GAACUCGUCCUUGAUUUUGACAAAAGAGUUAGAAAUUCCCCAAAACCAAUAAAUACUCCCAAGUUUUUUAUUUGUUUGGAAAAAUACACAAAGACCAAAAUAAAUACACUUUUCAAAUCAGUACAGAGUACAAACCAUAACCAAAACCAUAACCAGAGUUAUAAUGAAGAAUCUCUACAAGAAAGGCAAAGUCCACCCAUCUCCGCCUAUAACCGAUCACUCAUCACUACUUCCGGCAACGAUUCUCACUUUAGCUGCUGCUCUUUCCGCCGAGGACAGAGAAGUCUUAGCCUACCUAAUUUCCUGCUCCGGAACCUCAUCAAACUCAAACUUUAUUGGUCACCGGGAAACUACUCAAAAUAGCAGCGAUGGUAGGGACCAUGAUCCAGUGUUUGAUUGCAAUUGUUUUAGUUGUUAUAUGAAUUAUUGGGCGCGCUGGGACAGUUCGCCGAACCGUCAAGUGAUACAUGACAUAAUUGAAGCUUAUGAGGAAGGAUUGUUCCAGAAGAAGAAGAAGAGUUUGAAGAAGAAGAAGAACAACAAGAAAGAGAAAGGCAAGCGAGUUUAUGAUGAGUUAAAAGAGAUUAGUAGUUCUAAUACAGAGGAGAAGUUAAUGAAGGAAUCAGAAUCAGUGGAAAAGAAUUCCCCAGCUGAAGCUGAAGGUUUUGAUGAGGAAUUGGAGAAAGAUAGCACUGUAAGGAAGAUUACAAGUUUUAUCGGAGAGAAAAUAUGGGGAUUUUUUAGUAGAGAUUAAUUUAAUUUUUUUUCUUUUUAGUGUUUUUUAAUUCUUUUCCUUGCAAAUUCUUGGAGGAGAAUUUUUUUUUUUUUUUUUAAUUUCUGGUUAAUCACUCGUUUCCUUUAAAUGCGAAUUGAAUUCUCAUUCAUGAAUUUCUUUUUUUCA